AUUGACUUCAACUUUCGAGCUAAACCAGGGGUAGAACGAGACGGGAAAAGUAAUCUUCUCCGAAGGAACCCCGAAAUUUCCCUCAACCAUUUUGUCAGUCUUGAAUGACGGCAAGUGGCGCAAGUACUGACGCUAGAAUUGCACUUUUUCAUCUGAAACUCAUGUCUGUUUCAUUUGUCAAAAUUCAACCGAUCUGAGGAAUUAUACGCAGGUUUAUAGCGUAUGUUGGCCCAAAUUACACGCUCAACAUUGAUCGAGAGAAUAAUUAGUUUUGAUUGAGUGGAGAAUUGCAGUGGUUGAAGAUGUUCAAGAUGUUUAAGAAGCAGAGGGAGGAGCCCUCGGCCAUCUCCUCCAUAGACAAACUAAACGAGACUUUGGAAAUGCUGGAGAAGAAAGAGAGAGUUUUGCAGAAAAAAAUCUCCACAGAGAUUGAGAAAGCUAAGGAGUUCACACGGGUCAAAAAUAAGAGGGCUGCAAUUCAAUGUUUAAAGCGGAAAAAAUUGUAUGAAACACAAGUGGAGCAACUUGGUAACUUCCAGUUACGAAUACAUGAUCAGAUGAUUAUGCUGGAGGGGGCAAAAGCAACAACGGACACUGUAGAUGCUCUCAGAACAGGAGCAUCUGCUAUGAAGAACAUCCAGAAGGCAAUGAAUAUUGAUGACAUUGAUAGAACUAUGGAUGAAGUCAAUGAACACACGGAGAAUUUGAAACAGAUCCAAGAAGCCCUUGCUACUCCUGUUGGUGCUGCAGUGGACAUUGAUGAGGAUGAAUUGGAAGCUGAGCUUGAAGAGCUAGAAGAAGCAGAGCUGGAAGAACAGUUAUUGCAACCAGCAAACCAAGCACCUGCAACACAGCUACCACCUGUCCCUGCUUCACGACGGCCUGGAUAUGCUCCUCCACAGAAAACCUCUCAAAUCAGUGCUGAGGAUGAUGAACUUGCAGCACUCCAAGCAGAGAUGGCUCUGUAAUCAAUACAUAGUAAAACCCAAAGAGAUGAUGUGUAUAACUUGAAAUAUUCAUGCUAACUUGUAUAUGUAAUGAUGACAUAUUUAUAUCACAUCUAAAAAUGCUAAAUGUAUUUUAUUGUCACCGAAUCACUCAGUUCUAUUUGUUACUAGUUGCAGUUUGCCAAUGAAAGUUUAGGUGAAACACCUUGUUUCAGAUGCUUUCUGAAGUGUAAAACCACUUGCUUGGUCGUUGCCAUGCUAUGGAGUGAGUUAAGCAGAUAGGUUUAACUUUGGGGUUGUUUGAUUAUGGUACCUCAUAUGUAUCUGUCAUUUCAUGCUAUAUAUUUUUGGGCAUGCUUAUUGUUCGA